CUCGCUCAGCCGCUCUGUCUGCGCGCAGUUUAAGUGCAGGCGCACAACGCGUGGAAGGAAGAGGGCAGAAGUGCUUGUUUCCCCUCCUCUUUACCGCCGUUCAUCUACUCGCACACGACAGUCGGUGACUGUACACUAACUGGAACAGCAGAAUGAGCGUGUACCUGCGUGAGCGCAGCAUACUGCGCUGAGCGGGAGACUCUUUCAAAAUGCUGUAACAUCAGGCAAACUGACUUCAACAGGAAAAAAGACACAAGGAGGUGCAUCCUGAGAAAAUCCCCAACCUGUUGCAGGCUGCUGAGCUUGCAGUAAAGAUUAUGACCACCAGGCACUGAGCAAUGAGUGUGUGUUGACCGCUAAAGCCCCCCACACACACUCUCUCUCCACCCACUGUGUCUUCAUGAGGGCAGAGAGAUGAUCAUGCACGGCCGCUGGUCUUUCAACACACUGGCCGUCAUCUUUAUCCUGCUGUCCACUGCGGCUCUCUCUGCACACUUCAGGGUGUGCGAGCCUUACUCCGACCACAAGGGGCGCUAUCACUUCGGUUUCCACUGCCCUCGACUAUCAGACAACAAGACCUACAUAUUCUGCUGUCACCAUAACAACACGACCUUCAAAUAUUGUUGCAACGAAACCGAGUUUCAGAGUGUGAUGCAGCUCAACCUCACCACCAAUUCAGACGGCUUUACCCACAACAAUUACACUGCCCUCAUUGGUGUGUGGAUUUACGGCUUUUUCGUAAUGGUCCUCCUGGCUUUGGACUUCUUGUACUACUCGGCUAUGAACUACGAGUUGUGCCGGGUCUACCUAGAGAAAUGGGGGCUGGGUGGUCGAUGGCUGAAACAGGCCAGGAGUCAAUGGCACAGCGCAGCUCAGGAGGGAGAACAGAAUGUGGGUUCAAUGCUGGGUCACCACCACCAUCCGAGGCACAGCUUGAGAGGGGAGACACAGAGCCCUACGCUUCUCACCUUCCAAAACUCUACAGCCUAAUAUUCAGCUUUUGAUCCAGUAUGGAUGCGCCAGCAGAAAUUUGGAAGCUCUUGUCUUGGCUCCAUCCACAUUCGUGACUCGGACCGUGAUGUCUACCUCCGACAGAUAUGCUGAAGGACAUUUUCUCUACAUGCUAAAGCUGAGACUGAGCGUCCACCAUUGACAGCUGGACCAAUCAGAUGGCUGUUUGGCAUCUACUACCAGCUGCAUCUACUUUCAAGCAACUGAUGAAAGGACUUUGAUAAAACUGUUGUCUUUUACACCCACUACCUUCCCUUGUCAUUAAGGGUUAGAUGCAGGGAUAAAGACUUUACCGAAAGCUAGAGACGAGACUGUCAACUCCAUGUUACUCUCUAGUAGUCGUCUUGCGUUUGCACUGCUGUGAAGCCAUUGGUCGGCUUAUGUUGAAGUAGAAGAAUAGGAUUAGUUAACUACGGUUACCCAAGAGUUUGAUUUUAAAUCACAUUGCGUGAAAGGAACGUAACCAGCGUCAAAUUUGGUCCUACAGUAUGUCAUAGAAAAUGUGUUGACAAAGUUGUUUGGUUGUGGAUUUAAUUAAACUCAUCUUGUUUCCAGGAAAUUACAUCACCCUUAUACGACACUUUGUAAGACCUUGAAACAUAUGUUACUACUGAAAGUCUAGGUGUGGAAAAUUACUUCUACAGCAAUAGCAAUAGAAACAACUAUUGGGAUACAUCUGUCAUUUAUUGACCUAUGAACCAUACAAUGAAACUUGACUAAGUGGGAUUGCUAAAUGAAGUGUAGAUCUUUAUACACGCAAGACAAAUAUUGUUCACUUCAUUGUAGAAAGACAGACACAUUAUUUCUAUCCCAAUUGAACUUGUGCACUGAGUUGAAACAGUUUAGACAUAGAAAACAUUAGCCACAGUUAGGCUGUGAGUAUUCACCUGCAAUAACACACAGCAUUGUGCUGAGUUGUGUUGUGUAUAGAGGAGAAAUUGUUGUGAUCUUGUUUUAACUAUUUAAGGUGAAUCUAAUAGUUUUCCCCUCAUGGAGGGAAGAGACAUAUGUCAUGUUUUGGAGUAAUAAGUUAUAAUGGUAUAAACUGCCUUAAGGUAAAUCUGUAGUAUGCCUAGCACCUUGUUCUGUGAUAGUGGUUGGUACUUCAGUUGAAGUGUGAUAUGGCCGUCCACCAACUUUUUUCUGUUUUUAUUAUGGGGUUAAAGGUGUGGGUGGGGGAAGUUAAGUUGUAAUUGCACAUGUUAACUUUUUACUGUUGGGAGAAAUAAAGAUUUAUCUUUUG